GUGUAAAUGUCAUCGCGUUGACAGGUCACGGCUGGUUGAGUCCCCGAGAAGCAUCUGUGAAAAUGUGGCUUGCUUGAUGGAAAGUUUUACAUUUAUUUUUAAAAGUUCAUUCCGUGUUUUUUGAAUUAAGAAGAAUUUUAUCAGUGAAAAUGGCAAUAGAACUGUGCAUACUGACUUUAAACGUUUGGGGCAUUCCACUUAUUUCAUCCGACCGGGUGGCCAGAAUUCAAUCCAUAACAACAGAAUUGAAAAAAGGAACAUACGACGUAGUCUCGCUUCAGGAGGUUUGGUCGGAUUCCGAUUAUGAAUACAUUCGAAAAAGCACUGAGGAGGUUUUCCCCUACAGUCACUACUUCUACAGUGGCGUUUUCGGUUCAGGUCUUUGUAUCUUAUCCAAAUAUCCAAUCAUAUCCGCACUCUUCCAUUCGUGGGCUGUAAACGGAUACGCACAUAGAAUUCAGCAUGGUGAUUGGUUCGGUGGAAAAGGUGUUGGACUUUGUCGUCUUCUAGUACAAAAUCGUCCUGUUAAUCUUUAUAUUGCUCAUUUACAUGCCGAAUAUGAUAAUAUUAAUGACGAAUAUAAAGCUCAUCGUGUCAUUCAAGCGUUUGAUACAGCUCAAUUUAUCGAGAGUACGCGAAGCGAUUCAAUUCUACAAAUUUUAGCUGGAGAUUUGAAUACGGAGCCUGGCGAUAUUGCUUUUAAGGUUUUAACACAGACAUCUAAUUUACAAGAUACUUGUGAGGAUGACAUGAUAGGAACCAAUGAGUGCGAAGGCAAUUCCUACACUGAUAAAACAGUAGCCGUUAAAAGCCCAGCAGGCAAGCGUAUUGAUCACAUAUUGUAUCGAGCAGGAAGAAGUGUGCGCGCUGCAGUCCAAGAGUUUGACCUUCCAUUCCCGAAUCGUGUUCCAGGCCAAAGUUUCAGCUAUUCCGAUCAUGAAGCAGUUUUCGCUCGAAUUCAAAUUGCCGACGUCCCAGAAAUGUAUGAAGGUGAUGGAAUUUGCGAGAAUAUUUACAGUCCUGAGACCCGUGUGCAGGUUUUAGAGGAAAGCAUAGAAAUUUGCAAUGCUCGCAUAUGGAAAUUACGCAACGAUCGGAUUUUCUAUGUAUCUAUGGCGUUGCUGGUGGCUAUAGCACUAUUUUUCAUUGCCGACACGAAACCUGUUUACGGCCUUCAAACCUUUUUCACAAUAUCAAAAUUUUUACUAAGUGCUGUGGUGGUUUUCUUUAUCUUUAUGAGUACAAUUUGGAAUACUAUGGAACGGCACGGAAUUUUAUCAGGAAAAUUAUCUAUGGAGAUUGCUUGUAAAUAUGCAAAGUCUAUGAGACAAUGUGACGAGAAAAUUAAUUAGUUUUUGCCUAUUGUCGCAUUUAUUUCUUAAAUAUACAAUUUAUGCUAAUGUUA